UGCGCGCGCCUGCGUAGUGGGGAUAGUCGUGCGCGCGCCGGGGCGCUGCGGGAGAGCCCUCGGAGCGUGGUUGUGGCUGCUCGUCCCCGGACUGCCGCACCAUGGCGGAGGAGGAGCUGGAGGCUCUGAGGAAACAGAGGCUGGCCGAACUGCAGGCGAAACAUGGGGAUCCUGGCGAUGCAGCACAACAGGAAGCAAAACACAGGGAAGCAGAAAUGAGAAACAGUAUCUUAGCCCAAGUCCUGGAUCAGUCAGCCCGGGCCCGUUUAAGUAACUUAGCACUUGUAAAGCCCGAAAAAACUAAAGCAGUAGAGAAUUACCUCAUACAGAUGGCAAGAUAUGGACAACUAAGUGGGAAGGUAUCAGAACAAGGUUUAAUAGAAAUCCUUGAAAAAGUAAGCCAACAAACAGAAAAGAAAACCACAGUUAAAUUCAACAGAAGAAAAGUCAUGGACUCUGAUGAAGAGGACGAUUAUUGAAAUUUAAGAUGUUUAGAGACUGGAACUUAAUGGAACAGUUCUAGGACAGAUAAUACUGGGUAGAAGUGAAGAUCUGAUUAUUUACUUUGUUUAUUGUCUAUAUGCCUUUUAAAAAAAUAAACUUGUUAUGCAAAAUAAAA